GUGGGUUCGGGGUCGGCUCGCUGCGUCGUCCUUGGCUGGUUUUGGAGCGUGACGGAGCCCCCUCGUGGGUCCGGCCGUGACUCUGCGUGGGGAGAGCAGGUGCGGCGGCCCGCUGCUGCGACCCCGCCGCGGCCCCUGCCCGGCCCAGCUGCGAGAGGGCGUGUCUGCUUGAGUGACCGCACGCACACCCGAUGCUGACCGGCGUGGGAGCUUGGUGAUGAGUGGAACUAUGGGAUGAUCAUGGUGGUUGUUCCUUCUGAAGAUAAAUUGAGAGCUUUCCCAAGGAGUGGCAUGCAGGAGACUACCAAGAUCCUGAUUCCCUUCAGAUAAGCCUGCUCCUCUGAGAUAAGAAAGGAGUUCGUGCAACCAGAAAUUUGUUCUUAAUGCAGAUGACCUAGCCAAGACCUCACUCCAGAGCUUUGGAGCAGAGGCAGAAGAGACAGAAGAGAAGAGAAUCAUCUCACAUCGGCAACAUAAAAUGACCACUCCACAGGAGUCAUUUUCAUUUGAAGAUUUAUCUGUGGGUUUCACCCGAAAGGAAUGGCAGCUACUGGAUCCACAACAGAAAAAGUUAUACAAGGAUGUCAUGUUGGAGAACUUUAGCAACCUAGUGUCACUGGGGUAUGAGGUUAUGAAACCAGAUGUCAUCUUCAAGUUGGAGCAGGGAGAAGAGCCGUGGAUAGAAGACGGAGAAAUGCCACUUCCAGACUCUGCAGAAGAAGUCUGGCAAGUGGAUAGUCACAUGAUGUGCUUCAAGAAUAACCAAGACAAGCGUAAAAAUAUGAAAAGUUAUGAAUGUGAUGCAUUUGGGAAAAAAUUUAAUCUGAACAUGAACUUUGUUCCUUUAAAGAAAUCGCACAAUGAAAGCGACUUAGAUGGGUUGAUUUUAAAACAUAAUUUAGAUUUGUUAAUUCCAGAAACAGAUUAUGGAAGAAUGCAAUCAGAUGACUUUACUGUGUUUGAUAAAUUGUUUCUCCACACCAAGCCUGAUGAAACUGAUACAUGGUUAAAACACUGUGAAUUUGAUAAAUAUCAUGACAGCUGCAGAAAAACACAGAUUGUCAUAUAUCACAGAACUCGUUUAGGGGAGAAACUCUAUGAAUGCAGUGAAUGUAGGAAAUGCUUCAUUAAGAAAUCAAGUCUCAUUAAACAUCAAAACAGACAUAUCAGAGAGAUAGCCUAUGGCUGCGGUAAAUGUGGCAAAACCUUUCUGCAGAAAUCACAGUUUGUUACACAUCACAGAACUCAUACUGGAGAGAAACCUUAUGACUGUAGCCAGUGUGGGAAAGCCUUCUCUCAGAAGUCACAGCUCACAUCCCAUCAGAGGACACACACAGGAGAGAAACCGUAUGAAUGUGGCGAAUGUGGGAAAGCCUUCUCCCGGAAGUCACAUCUCAUAUCACAUUGGAGGACACACACAGGAGAAAAGCCCUAUGGAUGCAGUGAAUGUGGGAGGGCCUUCAGCGAAAAGUCAAAUCUCAUUAAUCAUCAGAGAAUUCAUACAGGAGAGAAACCUUUUGAAUGCAGGGAUUGUGGGAAAGCCUUUAGCAGGAAGUCACAGCUGGUUACGCAUCACAGGACUCACACUGGAACCAAACCCUAUGGAUGCAGCGAUUGCAGAAAAGCCUUCUUUGAGAAGUCAGAGCUCAUUAGACAUCAGACAAUCCAUACUGGAGAGAGACCGUAUGAAUGUAGUGAAUGUCGGAAAGCAUUUAGGGAGAGGUCAAGUCUUAUUAAUCAUCAGAGAACCCAUACAGGAGAGAAACCCCAUGGAUGCGUCCAGUGCGGGAAAGCCUUCUCCCAAAAGUCACAUCUCAUAUCACAUCAGAUGACACACACAGGGGAGAAGCCAUUUAUAUGCAGUAAAUGUGGGAAAGCCUUCAGUAGGAAAUCCCAGCUUGUUAGACAUCAGAGAACUCAUACAGGAGAAAAACCCUAUGAAUGCGGUGAAUGUGGGAAAGCUUUUAGUGAAAAAUUAAGUCUCACUAACCAUCAGAGGAUUCACACAGGAGAAAAGCCCUUUGUGUGCAGUGUAUGUGGGAAAGCCUUCUGUCAGAAGUCACAUCUCAUAUCCCAUCAGAGGACACACACAGGAGAGAAACCAUACGAGUGCACCGAAUGUGGGAAAGCCUUUGGUGAGAAGUCCAGUCUUGCAACCCAUCAGAGAACUCACACGGGAGAAAAACCGUAUGAAUGCAGGGUUUGUGAAAAGGCCUUCUCCCAGAAGUCACAGCUGAAUACUCACCAGAGAAUUCACACUGGAGAGAAACCCUAUGAAUGCUGUCUUUGUGGGAAAGCUUUCUUUGAGAAGUCAGAGCUAAUGAGACAUCAGAGAACUCAUACAGGAGAAAAACCAUUUGAAUGCAGUGAAUGUAGAAAAGCCUUUAGGGAGAAGUCAAGUCUCAUUAAUCACCAGCGAAUACACACAGGAGAGAAACCCUUUGAAUGCAGUGAGUGUGGCAAAGCCUUCUCUCGGAAGUCACACCUUAUACCACAUCAGAGGACACACACAGGUGAGAGGCCUUAUGGAUGCAGUGAAUGUAGGAAGGCCUUCUCUCAGAAAUCACAGCUUGUUAAUCAUCAAAGAAUUCACACAGGAGAGAAGCCUUAUCAAUGCAGUGAAUGUGGGAAAGCUUUCUCACAGAAGUCACAGCUCAUUAAUCAUCGGAGAACUCACGCAGCAAAGAAGUCCUAAGGAUGCAAUUGAUACGAGUCUCUGAUGGAGAUCAUACAUGAAGUUAGGUAAGGAAUGCCUUCACCAGACAAGCAUACUUCUGUACCAGAAUUCAUAAGUGAACCACUGAACACAGUGGCUCUCAGCCUUUGAAACCAUCAAGUCUUGCGCAGUACAAAAUUAUAUCAAAGUGGAAUAAUUUGAAUAAUAUCAGAAACUUCCAGAUGUCAGGUUUCAGUAGCUAUUAUAAAUAUUCCCACAGUGAUGAGAGGAAACUCCAUAAAUACGGCAAGCAAGGCAACAUUUUCAUCAAGAAAUCAUAGCUAAUUACAAGAAAAUGUUGUUAGGAAAUUUUAAGGAAAUACUAAAUGUGGGACAAACUUCAGCAAGUAAAGCCAACUAUAUUGUAUAGUGGAGGAUUCAUAUUGUUGAUGAACCUUAAAAAGAUGCUGGUAACCUGUGUUCCUAAAAGUGGUACUAUAAAGAGACAGUGUAUACUUUUUCUAGACAUGGGUACCAAAAAUAGCCAGUUCCAAUGGUUGACAGAUACUCACUUUGAAAUUUAAAAAUACAUGACAAUUAAAUAAUUGAAACAUCUAAAUAAGAAACAUAUUUGUACUUAUGCCUGUAUCACAAAUUUUUUUUGGUAUUGCAGAUGACAAUUUAAUGUAAUUGAGAGCAUGAAGUGCAUAUAUCAUAUCGUGCCUCUGAUGUCUCUCAUACCACUGAUUUUCCUGUUUCUGUACUAUAAAAUUUGGAAACAUAUAAUUUGGCUUAUUGCUGAAUAAAUAGCUUAGGUAAUAUUUUUUCCCUUAUUUGUUGACACAUAUAAGAGACCUUUUAUUAUUUAACUCUUCAGUAAUAAGUCUUCUGCAUCUUCAGAGUCCGAGAAAGUUUAUAUAAAGUUCUGUUUAUAGUUAUGCAAGGGCAAGAACCACAGAAUAACAGUGAUAGACUGUGAGCAAAAGAGAAGUAUGGCAGCUGUGUUACUCAGCACUCACAUGACAGCAGUGCUGUACACCACCAUUUAGUGUGAUGCCUCCUUUAGUCAAGUACAUCUAAGUGCUGUGUAGCCCAAGUACCACUUAUAUUUUAAUUUACAGUUGAUGAGAUCUUGAUGUUUUUUGCUGCUGUUACUUCUGGUGUUUCAUAAAAUAAAUUAGAAACUGGAUUAAUAGUAAUUGUUUAGAAGAUGUAAAAUAUAAAGGACUUUGUGGUGAGGAAAUAUUUUUUACACAUCCAGGGCACUGCAUUUUGCCUUCUUGCAAAUUCUUGUGAUAUUGAACAAGUAUUAAACAAGACUUCCAUUAUUAUUUGAAAUGUUUGUAUUUCAUUUUCUUUAUAAACAACUGUAUUAUUCACGCAAGAAAUUUCCCAUUGGUAAGUUACCAUUUUGUAAGUAUGCUUUCCUUUAAUAAUGCAUGAACUAAUUUAGCCAAUUUAGAAUUGUGUAGUGUUUUCUCUGUAGUGUUUGAAAAAAGCUAAUAUUUUUGUAUAACGAUUGAAUUCAGAAAAGUCCAGCAGUGAGCUGGAUCCAAACAAACGAUGUCGGACUUCCUUGCGCACAGAUCGUGUCGUUGUGGUGUUGCCCCUUUGAUUUUUGCAGUUGUUCUUCUUAAUUAUAAAUUUUCUGACAUUUUUGGAGAGUUGGAACUUUAAGUAAAUGAAAAUAAUUUUCUAUGGCACCAUGCCAGAAUUUCAAUAGCCAAAAUCUAUUUUCUCGUGGAUGAUUUUAAAAUCAUCCAGUUACCCAUUUUUUUUUUCUUAUUCAUACUCAGAUUUAUGGACUUCCUCCUUUUCUAGUAUCUAAAACUCAUUUUUCUAGGUAAGGAAGACAUACCUUUUAAAUGAACAAAUAGUAGCAGGGAGGUGUUACUUUUGUGAACAAAUAAUAGCAAGGAGGUUCCAAUUUUACUCCUUCCGUGUAUGGUGACUCUCUGUCCUGGUUCCAGAGAUUGAUUGAUGAGGUCUUGUACAGAAUUUAGAAAUAAACUACUGCUUCCUGAUUUUCUCACGUCAACUUUAGAUUAUUCCUUUGACUAUUAAGCAGUUAAAUGUAGUUCUUUUACUGUAUAAUGGAACCUCAGCCCUAGAUUAUUGGUUGACUAUUCAAAAGCAAAAAACUAUUUUUCCUGAGCAUCAUCAGAUGGUUACUCAUAGGGCUGAUGCCAACAACUGGUUUGAGCAUCCAUAUAUGCAGUUUAGCACUCACUGGAACUCUUCAUUGUUCUGAAGUCUAAAAGAGUUCUAAAUUUGAAAUUAUAGAUUUUUAGUGUCUGUUUUUUAUAUCAACCUUAAAAGCCACAAACAACAUGUCUUCACAUUUCCCCUUACUGAUUCCUACCAGAGAUCCCAGAAGAAAGACCAUUUUAAAGUCAGACUAUUAUGUCAUGGAGCACAGUGAGUUACAUUGAGAUAAAACGUUGAAGGAUGCCAAAUAUAAAACAUCACUUUUCUGAUCCUAUUUUACCACCUGGGUUCCUCAACUGACUUGGAAUUGUUCACAGUUCUACAAAGGAGAGUUUGCUUUGCAUUCGUUUUACUAAGUUAUAGGGUUGUUUUUUUUAUGUGAAAUUUGACACUUAUGUUAGAAGGGCCUUUUUAAAAAUUUUUGUUAUGUAUUUGAGAGAUGAAAAUGGGCUUCCCCAAAUGCCUGCAAGAGCUAGGGCUGAGCCAGGGACAAAUGUAUGAGCUAAAAACUUAAUUUAGGUGUCUUCUGUGAAUAGCAGUAACCCCUAUUUUUUGAACAGUCACCACAGCUUCCCAGGGUCUGCCUUCACAGACAGCUGGAAUCACGAACUAGAACCAGGACUCAAACGCAGGCACUGAUGUGGAACACAAGUACUUUUUUUUUUCCAGAUGUAUUUAUUUAUUUGAAAGUUACAGAAAAGGAGAGAGAUCUGCCAUCCACUGGUUCACCCCCCAGAUGGCCACAACCACCUAGGGCUGGGCCAGACCAAAGCCAGGAGCUACUUCUAGGUCAUCUGCAUGGGUGGCAGGGGCCAGGGAGCUGGAUUGGAAGUGGAGCAGCUGGGACUCGAUCAGCGCCCAUUUGGGAUGCUGGCAUUGCAGAGUGCAGCUCUACCUGCUAUGCCACGGUGCCUAUCCCAGAACACAAGUAGCUUAACCAGACCUUAACUGCUAGGCCAGGCUUCUGUCCCCUGUUGUGUCUUCUGUUCGUCUCUUUGGGAUCUGACAGUUACCUGCAGCUCUGUGUGUUCCUGAUACUUUGUCUUCAGGAGCAUCUUUUGUAGAAACUUGAGAUUAACCCAAAGAUGCCAGGUUUAGCCAAUAAAACGUUUAUUAAAUAGAAUGUAAAUCAAUAAGUAUUUGGAAUUUACACGACCUCCUCGGGCAUUUGGUCAUUUAUUCCAGCAAUAUAUGUAUAUGCUGUCAAUUUCAAUGGGCUUGUUAGUCUGCAUAUAUGUCAGUAAGCUUUCAGAUGUCCAGCAUCUAGCCUUGCCCUAAGUGCUUAUAAAUAUCCAUGACCCUUGGCACUGUAUGUAUACUUUUUGAACCAUAUUCUCAGUUUAUUUUUCAGAUUUUGUGAAUGUGUAGUGAUUAUUUUUAAAUGCAACUUAGAUUACACACUCCCUUGUUGAAAUACCAUGUGGUUCGUUGUGGAUUUAAGGUGUAAUACCCUUAUGGUAUUGAAGACUUUUACACAGGCCCAUGCCCAUCCCCUCAUUGUUUGUCAACAUUCAUCUUUCCUCCUGUUCGAUGUUUUCUGGCCAACUACUCAUAGUUUACUUUAGAUUCUACAUCUCUCAUCUAAUGUCAUUUGCAUAUCUAGCUGAAAUACCGGUGUUCCUUGUUAAUGUUCGUUCAACCUAAAUGAACCUUUUAUCUGUAUUAUCAUUGUGAUAAUAUAAUCUCUUUUUUAAUAUUAGAAAGCUCCUGGAAAGCUGGACUAUCUUUUUUUGUCUAUAAUUUUAGCAGCUGAAGCUAUAAUUAAAUACGGGUGGUUUUCUGUCAUGUGGAGAAAAACAGUCUACAGUGAGAAGAGUGAAGCCAUCAUGGGAGCAAAGAAAGUCCUGAUUGUGUCCUGGCACCUGGCUCAACUUACCUUGAUGUUCACUUCCAUCUCUGCCUUUUUCACGACCUGAUGGUUAAAAUCUUUGAGUUACCUCAGAUGUCUAAUAAAUUCUCAUGUUUUCCUCGUG